AUAACCUGUUACUUACAAUUAAUUUUGAUUUCAGAUUGGAUCAUUUUGCCAAAGAGAGCAGCCUUGCAAGGAAAACGAAGUCUGCAUUGAUGACUGCGUAUGCCCUGGCUAUCAUUGCAUUGCCUGCUCAAUGGAAAACAUUUCUACCUAUUGCUCUGCAUUACCUAAGCGCAGCUGUAAACGAAUUUACACCAGAGGCUCUACAACAAGCGGAAUCUAUUCGCUGGAUGAGAUUGGACAGCAUUAUUGUAUGAUGGAUGGCGACUGUGGCCAAGGAGGUUGGACACUAGCAAUGAAGGUUGAUGGGACAACAAACACUUUAGUUUCAAACUCGCCCCUCUGGACAAAUGGAGAACUGCACAGAUACACAGACACAAACCUCAAUGAUGGAAAUGCCAAGUUUGAUGCCUUUAAAAGUGUUGAUUUCCAAACUGUGUGCAUUGGAAUGAAGACUAAAGGUGCUGCAAAAGAGACCAUUAAGUGGUUGAAGAUACCAAAGCUGUCGUCAUCUUUGCUUGAUGUAUUUUCAUCUGAUCAGAGUUCAGAUACGAAACUGAGUAGGCAAGCGUGGAAAGACUUGGUGCCAGAAAUCAGCGAACCCUUGCAAAUAAACUGCAACAGGCAAGGAUUCAAUAUCAAAGAUGAUAGAAAUCAGUUUCAAAUUAGAAUUGGCAUACUUGGAAACAACGAGGAUGAUUGCGGAAGUAUUGACUCAGCAAUAGGAGUUGGAACUAACAGCCCGUCAUAUAGUGGAAGCUUCCGUCGGUGGCCCAAGGAAUCGGCAUACUUGAAUCCAAAACAGGUUUUUAUCUUUGUUCAGUAGCAACACAAAGCAACAAAGCACUUAACACAUCAGACAGCCAAAAAGCAAAAUUAUUUUUGGACCAAAGUCCUUGCCCUGGCCAGAGACAGAUUAAGCGGCAAGGAUUAGGGGGGGAGGGGUUGAAAAUUAUUUGAUUUUGGUGUCCCACCUUUCAGAUGUCUGGAAAAUGAUGAAAAUAUCCUUUUAAGAAUUAAGCUUAUUUACUUCAAGGUGAAAACGAUAAGAAGAUGAAUAAAGUAAAUUUUUGCAUUAUUUUGUUACUACUGGCCAUCAAAAAUGCUUUUUACCGAAUCAAAGCAAAAUUUACUAAAGAAAACAAAAUUUUUUGGGGACACCGCACCCCCUAGAACCCCGGUAAAUUCGUCCCUGGCCCUUACCCAGUCUUGUUUAUGUUGGGUUGUAGAAACCUCUAAAAUUAUGUGAGAGUUUAGUCAAAACGGCAGGAAAUGCCCCUCCAACUUUUAAUCAUAUUCGUUAUAUUCAUGAAUCAAAGCUUUUCGUGAUUUUUCAAGUCUGCCAUCAUCAGCAACCCACCUUCACCCACCUUCACCCGAUUUAUACCCUGCAAAUUUUGCAGUGGUGUCUAUUAAUCAUGGCCCUGUUUUUUGCAGUGGCGGCGAAAAGGGGUGUGACAUGGAGGGUUAAUCUCUCAUACUUUUGUCAAUACAUGGUCCACAUCGAUCUUCUAAGAUUUGAUAAAAGAAAGUCACUCAGAAGUUUUAGGUCAUAUUCAUAAGACUUGCCCAACGAAAAACACCUAGUUUAUAGCACCAAAAUGAAGUAAAGCCUUGGCCAAACUAGGCAACAUUUGAGCAACAUCCGGGAUUUGUGAAUGUUGCCCGACAAUGUUGCCCAGUUUGGCCAAGGCUUAAGAAGCAAGUGGUCUCACUGGUGACACCAAUUACCUUAUCAUUCCGUUGUAGCUGGCGCCAUCACUGUUUCUUUACAUAGAGUUCUGGAGGCCCAGAAAUAGUCCAAUCUGACCCAAACUUUAUAUAAACAUUAUCCCACAAUUUAAGAUACGUUAUGGUUCUGGUGCCUAAUUUGAGAGCCAAAAAUUUUCGACUUUUUUAUUGCAGAUAAUAUAAUUGUUUGGAAUAUUCAGAGAAGGAAUUUUUUUAAGCGUUCCAGCAUUGUAAAAGAAGGUGUAGGCAGGCACCGCAGAGGUAGGGGACUGGGGGGGCUCUAGCCCCAUUUUUUGCCAGAAAUAUACGAUAUAAAAAGAAGAACCAUCAGUAAAGCCUCUUUUUAUUCAGUGUUAGCUCCCCAUCACCUCUUUUAGACCCCCCACGUUUCUCAAUACUCCGCGGUGCCUGGUAUGGUGGCAUGUCGGCCAUUUUGCCUCAUCUCUUUGCAAAAUUCUGCCGGCCUUGUCUGUUCAUUCUUUGGUGACAUCAGGGCUGGAAUUAAAUUUCAGGGCCCAAGCCACAAAUUUUAAAGUUGGGGGCCAAGGCUAGAAAAAGUAGGGGGCCAAGGCUAGAAAAAGUAGGGGGCCAAGGCUAGAAAAAGUAGGGGGCCAAGACUUCUUUUCCCUUUUAUUACAGCUUUAAAACUACUUGCUCCACAAAAAGAUGGCGUGGGCCCUUAGGCUUAGAUGAAUUUGAUAAAGGGUAAAGCCGAAAACCCACUCUGGAAAACGAUCCGCGGAUCGGAUCAGUUUGAAAUGCACUCUACACGGGAUCCUUGCCUCACGACGCAAGUGCUCUAUUGUUUAAGAAGUUCUAAUUCGAUUUUGAUCAAAAGAAAACUAUUGUACUGGAAGGGUUAAAAAAGUUGAAAUGAUUUCAACUUUUCUUUCAAUCCGUUUUGGUCAGUCGCGGAUCCGAUCCGCGGAUCAUUUUCGGGAGUGGGUUUUCGGCUUAAAAUACUCAGCUGCGCGUAAAAAGCUCGCACAAAUUCAGUCAUAACUUUCGGGGCACAAUCAACCCAAAGUUGCUGCAAUGUUAUGCAUAUGAUAAUCAAAGGUGUGAUCUCCUUUGUGCGAUCAAUGUGGUGAUAAAACGUUUUUCACAUAACCAAAAUAAACCAAGUUUGGAAACACUGCUACAAUUCAUUCAUACAUUAGAAAGUUUCUUGAAGCACUAGACAAAGAAAGCACAAAGACUUUUUGAAGCACUAGACAACACCAAUAAUAGUCUAGCUUAUCAAGCAAUUCGUCCUUCUCUAAACAUGCAUAGUGAUAAAGCCUUGGCCAAACGACUCGAUUUUUCACUAGCUUCUUAUUCUUGACAUUUGAUCUCAAAAUCGAGCGAAGUCGAGCAUGGAUGGCCAAACGAUUGGAUUUUUCACUCGAUUUCUUGUUGAGCAAAAAAUCAAGUGAAAAAUCGAGACGUUUGGCAGGGGCUUAACUGGGUAUCUCAUGCCCGCGACCUACGGGUACGCUAUGGCAUGCAACAAUCGGAUACUCGUCCUAUUAUUAAAACCAAGGCCAUAAGUCAUUUUUAGUCAAAAGUAUUUGGAAGAUUGAAGGAACACAUAAAUGAAAGCAGAAACAAAAUUUUCACGCCUCAUUUAAAACAGUUUGCAAAUCUGAGUCUUACCUUGACUACAAACAAGAUUUUACAGUGAGAUGCAUAUUAGCAAAACUUAGGGUCACUGCUCAAAAUCUUUUAAUUGAAACAGGGUGUUUUAGUAAGAACAAAACUUCGAGAGACGAAAGGUUUUGCCGGCAUUGCAAAUCCCUGAAUAUUUUCGCAGUUGAGAAUGAAGUCCUUUUACUCUUAGCUUGCUCCCUUUUUAAUGAAGAACGAAACAUAUUUCUGCAAAAAAUCUACAGAAUUUUUCCAGAUACUGCCUCGUUGAACGAAUUCAACCUGAUCAUUUGGCUAAUGACCCAAGAGGAUUACAAAGCAACAAAACUUUCGGCCAAUUUCUGCAAUAGGUCGUUUGAAAAAAAAUCAAAUUUUUUAAGCAACCCUAAUAAUAUUUUAUUCUAAACAUUUACUUCUUUCAUGGCUGUAUCUUUUGCAGAAUAUUGUGCUUAGUUUUUCCAUAAUUGUAUCUUUGAACUAUUAGAUUUGUUAUUGUUGAAUAGUUUUUUUAAAAAAUCGCCAUAAAUAGCUUUAUGAUUAUAAGCAGGUAAGCAGUUAAGAGCCAUCUCGGCGUAGAUACUUGAUUUCCAAAAAAUGUAGCAACAGCAAUAAAGACCUCACCAAAAUCAUGUGCAUAAUUUAUGAUUUUGAUUAAUGAUUUGUUCUGUCAAUUUAGCAAUUUAUCGGUUUUGGUCCUUGGCCACUGUGAGCCGCCAUUUUUGAUUACCUUUUUCAGACUUUUGUACCCUAAGUGUACAUGACGGAUUAUUUUAUAUCUACUCGAAAUGUUAGUUGCGGUAAUUAAGUCUCGGUCGAGGGUUGCAAAGUAAAGAAUGUAAAUAAUGAACAGUGUAAACGUAAGUAGCAUUCUCGAUGUACCUUUAUAGUAAAAUGACACAAACAAAUCGGUACUUAUUUUUUCUUUGUUCGGUAUUUAUUUUUUGUCUUUUAAACUGUAAAAACAGUAGAAAAUGAUAAAUUUUAUUUUCUAAAUUCGAUACUCAUUCGAAUGAUAACAAAUGUAUUUAAUGAGAUGACUGAAACAUUGCACGAAAUUAGCUAGAAUGAGUCGUAAGAAUAUGUCCCUCCUGAAGUCUUUACGAUAUGCAAAAAGUUCUGUAUUUCCAUUCUUUCUUUAUGCGUGGCCAAAAUGGCUCAACGUUAUCAAAGACGAAGUAUUAACACGUUAGACUGGAUAUAAGCAAGCUAAAACGUUUCUGAGCUUUUAGGCUUUCAAGUUCCCAGAACCUUUAAUUUUUAUUUAAGAAGGCAACACUUUAGCAAAAUGUUGAUUUUCAAGGAGUUCUCCACUAAUAUUUUACAAAAUAAAGCAUCAAUUUCGUAGAAACACUGGAAUCCUGCGAAAAUUGCAGAGGCCUCAAUCCGUUUGAGACAUAUCGUAAAAUUCGUAAGCCGCAGUCGACAAUAUGGCCGCAAAGCCUACAAUCCCAGGCAAAACUGUUGAGACAAAAUAGAAUUUUUGCAAUUUUCUACUUUACGUUGCCCCUGUAAUUCCGAAUCCCCCCUUUCCCCGAAUCAAUGUGGAAUUUGUAGUUCUAUCAUUUCUCCUUCAAAAUCAUGCAUUCAAGAUUGAAUUGGGGGAGGGGGGGGGAGUAAUUUUUCAAAAGAGAGAGAAAAUAUCAACUUUCCUCGAAAAUUCUCAACAAUUUUUGUCCGGGAUUGUAGAACCCGUAAGCCGAAAAACCGUGAAGCCAUGGAGCCUCGGAACCGUGGAGCCUCGGAGACGCGAAGCUGCUAACCUAUAAUGGUCCCUAUCAAAGACAUAUAGACAUAGAGGAUAGAUUUUACAUUGAUAAAAGAAACCAGGAGCACUGCAAUGCGUCUAAAAAAGUUAUUUUUUAUUGUAUGCUUCCUCGCAACUUAAA